GUCGGACAGAUAACACCAGAACCAGGAAGUUGUAUACAGCGAACUCACGUGUAGAACAUGAAAAACAGAAAAAAACACAACGAUGGGCCCAAAAAGUCUAAAUUCAAGCCUGGGUUCAAAAAGAGAGAGAAUAAAUGUGUCAUUAUGUUUGACGACAAAGACAGACAGGAUUAUCUCACAGGUUUCCAUAAGCGAAAAGUGGAGAGGAGGAAAGCAGCAGUAGCAGAACUAAAAAAGAAAAUAAAGGAAGAGCAGAUUAAAGUCCGAGAAGAAAGACAUAAUGAAUACAUGAAGAUGCUGAAAGAGAGGACAGAGGCUUUGGAGGAUGACAAAGAUGACCUAGAGGAUGCCAUAACUUCCACAACUGAGUCUAUACAGUACGACCACCCCAACCACACAGUCACAGUGACGACCAUUAGUGAUCUUGACCUCACAGGGGCCCACCUCCUUGGACCUGUAUCAGAACAGGUGAAUGGGGAAGGUGAGGAUGAUGGAAAGGAGGAGGAGGAAGAGAAAGGAACAGAGAAAAAAACUGCAAUGCCAAGAAAAGCAGGCCAACCAAUCAUGAACAAAAAAAUCCGCUCCCUCACCACGUCGCUCAGCACUUACACCAGCAAGCGGAAGAGGAAGGGGAAGCAGGAAGGCCGAGGCCAUAUGAGAGACAAGAGACCCGCUGCCACAGAGAGCAAAGCCCGAACUGGGAGGACCACAAGGAGACAGAGACGGCGGCAGACAGGGAAGAAGGUGCAUCAUCAGGACUGAAAGAGUGUGUUAAAAUGAACUGUGGAGAGACUUUUUACGCCAGAAUCCACCAGGCAAACAAAUUGGACUUUGGAGUAUUUUAGCUUGUUUUUCUGCAGGAUGUGUAAAUACUGAAAAGGGUUUAAUAAGAUUGUGACACUGCUCUGUAUAUCCCCUGUACCUGCUUUUUGUGUGUCAACUUGUACUUUUGUUGUCAAAGCAAAAUGAUUUUGUAGUGUUAUUUUUCAUUAAACUGUACUGUAUAUGCCUGAAUUUUGAUUAAAAGAAAGGAUGACCUUG